AUGGCAGGUCAAAGUGAGCACACGACAAAAGGAGAGAAUUUACUGCAAACACCUGAACAGGAACAUGGCACACCAAGACACAGGCAGUUUUCCCCCGUCCAUUCACGCAAACUUGGAAUGACAAGGAGACAGAGAGACCGGAGGGACUUAAAAGAAGAUGAAAAUCCUGAGGCAAAAGCAAGACGGCACAAGGAGAUGGAGCUGAAGCCUCUUUAUAAGGAGCUUCUGUACACCAUCACCCAUAAGAUGGGUAAACCUGCAUCACCAGAGGUCUUCACAGAAAGCCAGCUUCACCAGUACAUCCGGGAGGCUUUCACUAUGACAGAGGCAGAGCACGACAGUCUGAUGGAGAAAGUACAGAGCACAGAGCCACCAGUAUACUGCCUGAUGGUCACCGUUAAGGAAGCUAAGGAAAUCCUUGGAAAAGACGUCAGUGGUUUUAGUGAUCCUUACUGCCUCCUGAUGGUACUGGAAGAGGAGGAGGAGAAAAAAAGCAGCCAUUCAAAAGCCAAACCCAGCAAAUAUGUGAUGAAGGGCACCGUAUCCCACGAGAAAAUCUACCAAACCGAUAUUAAAAAGCAGACCUUAAACCCCAUUUGGAACCAAACCUUCGUACUAGAGUUUGGAGAUCUGACAAGGGCUAGUUUUCACCUCGAAAUGUGGGACAAAGAUGAGGAGGUGUCUCUCACCCAGAAACUGGAGGAUAUUAAAACUAACUUUAAUAGUUUAAGAAGGAUGAUCAAGGAGGCCAAAAAGGAGAAAGGCACGGAUGACUUUUUAGGAAAUAUUGUCUUAAGGCUACAGGACCUCCACUGCACUGAGGACAACUGGUACAAUUUGGAGCCCAGAACGGAGACGUAUCCUGACCGCGGCCAGUGUCACCUCUUCCUCAAGUUCAUCCACAAAGCUAGAGACGGGACUCUGAGUGCAGGUCGCAGCGCCUACACCAACUACUGUGGGAUUCUGCAGCAGUUUGUUCAAGCUUACAUCUCCAAGCAACAGAGCUCUGCUCCAUGGAAAGGGGCGUUGUGUGGUGAGGCCCAGACUCUGCUUGAACUCUACGCUACGCAAAACGACCUCUCUCCUUUUCUCCAAGACCUGGCGAAGUGGGUGGCUUACAGUAAACUGUACCAGAGCUUAGAGGUGGACUCGUCUGUGCUGUUCCAGCAGCUCACCAGCAUAGAGUACCACUGGCAUCAGCAGGAGCUGCCCUACCAGCAGAAACAGGAACUUGGAGACUCUUUACACGGUUUCCUGCAGUACGGACUCUGUUUGGUUUCCAAAUACAGAGACAUCUUCCCCCCUACUCCCAGUGCGACUCCAAAAUUACACACAUUACUAAGGAUCUUGGUCCAGAUCUGUAAGACUCAGGCUUUUCAGAAACUGAAUCCAGCCCACUUUGAGCUUCAUGAUGGUGUCUAUGAUGCCAUCCAGACAGGUACCGAGGAGUGGUUUACAAUCAAAAAGGGCUUGCACCAGCCAAUGACUAAGGACCUGACAGAGAUCGGGAGCGCCCUCUCUAGGCUGAUUGCAGAAGUACAGGAUGACAUAAAACACAACAAGGAUGUGUGGAACAGAGUUUUUGUCAGUGCUGUGCAGGUCGAUGUUUUCACUGUUGUCUAUCAGAAAUUUGACACCCUGAUUGCAAAGGAAGUGAAAGAAACCUUAGCCAUUAUGGAGGGCCAAAUGGAGCUGAACCUCGCCAAAAGCCUGUUCCCAGUCUAUCUGAGCUUGCAGGCCAUCCACAAAGACAAGGCCUUCCUGCAGAAAAGGGGCUUACUCCAGCUGACAGACUUUCAUGAGGGUUUCAGGGAUGCUCUGCCAUACUGGCUCAACCAGGCGUUCACCACCACUCAGGACCGGGUGGAGAGGGCUGUGCAGGUGGACCAGCUCCAGCCGCUGCAAACUGGUGUCGUCCCCAUAAAGCACAGCUCCUCUGCUGUGGACCUGGUAGCGUGUAUCCAGCCGAUCUGCCAGCUGUGGGAGCAGCUGUCUUGGCCUGAUCCUGAAGAGGCCUUCAUGCUCAUGGUGAAACUCACCGAGGAUGUGUGUAAGAUUGUAGUGAACUACUGUCAUCUCUUGAAGGAGAGGGUCCGGGUUCUGUCUGAGAACUCGGACCACAGCAGUGCCAUCAACAUGCUGUGUGUUGUAGUGAACGACUUGGAGCACUUACGCUUGGUCCUGACCCGGCUUCCUACUCAGCUCAACUGGGAGGGGCUUCGGGUUCGCACUCAGAGCGUCAUUGGCCAAAGCCAGUUUGAAAACACUCUGCAUUCGCAGCUGCAGCAGGCCAAGAGCAUCCUCUGCAAAGAGAUACGAUCAGCGCUGGACACACUUGGAAAACAGCUUAACACAGACAUUGAGACUCUGGUCAGAAGCAUGUCGACCAGGCGGAGGAUUCCCUCCAAGUCCACAGAGGAUGCUGCAGCCCCUCUGAUGCGCUACCUUGAACAGGAGCUUCAAUACAUGAAUGAAAACCUGGUUCAAGAGAACUUUAACAGCCUUCUGACUCCGUUGUGGCAAAACUCAGUGAAAAUCCUCUAUCAGGUUGCUACCCAGCAUUCACAGCAAGAAGGGCUCAUGGUGUUCUGCCAGAGGCUUCUCUAUACGCUGCAGUGCCUGGAACAGUGCUUCCAUGCAGAGGGUAACGGACUUCCUGAGAAGACUCUACACUCUGAUGAAUAUAAGACUCUGAAGGCGCACCUCACUCACCACUCGCUGACCAGCCACCAGCUCAUAGAGAGGUUCUUUAAAAGGAAAAUAUUGGAGCAGAGCCAGUACAAUGGGGAAAAAUAUGGAGCAGUCACCCUCCUCACAACCUACAGAAGAUCUGACCAAAGGCUGCGCGUCGAUGUGCUGAAUGCAGUCAGCCUCUUACCAAUGGAUUCUAACGGGCUCAGUGAUCCAUUCGUGCGCCUGUGUCUGGAGCCAAACCACAUCUUUCCAGAGAUAGAGCCUCGCUGCACCCAGUACAAAAGCUGUGACCUCAAUCCCCUUUUUGAUGAAACCUUUGAGUUCCUGGUUUCACUGGAACAGUGCCAGACUCCAGGAGCUUGUUUGGUCAUCACAGUUCUGGACCACGACACCUUGAGGCCGGACGACUUUGAGGGCGAGGCCUUCCUGGCCCUGGAGGACGUACCUGGAGUCUCUGAACAGAAAGAAGAGGACCUCAGCAACCAGGCAGACGCUUCAUCUAUACAAAUACGGCUGCCGCUGAUGCAUCCUAAACCUAAUGAGGACAGCAUCCUGAAGUUGCUGGAAUCCAGGAAAGGAGAGCGAGAGGCUCAGGCUUUCGUAAAGAAGCGACGCCAACGGGAGAAACAGUCCCAGGAGGCCGCCCAAGUGUGACAAAACGCACAGAGACGAGUUCUUCCUCCAAAAAUAUACAAUUUGUUUUAAUGAUCAGUACCAAAAAAGAAAGAGAAAAAAAAGAAUGCACUCAGAAACACUGGUGUUGCAUGAGUUGUGAGCGGACAACAUACUGAACAUGACCAUCACAGUGAUCGGAAACACUCACACCCGCAUCCAAACAUUUACACGCCUCUAUGCUUCCCGAUGGUUUGUCAAAAUCAGUGCAAGAGAAAGAUAAGAGCAUCACAUUUGUAUGUGUAUACAUUUAUAUAUAAUAUAUAUGAAAUAUAUAAAUUAUACACAGUUGAGACUGAAAUGUCAAAGAUUACAACUGUAGAAAUUUGGCAGAGAAAGCUGUCACAGAUUGAUUUAAAAAUAAAAAAUAAACUAAAAAGCCUUCUUAAGUGUUCUGAGGUUGAUUCGUAGCUAAUAUAAGGGCUGUAAAAAAUAAAAUACUACCUUAAA